AGGUCUAAACCAUGGUUCUGCCUCGCCGGUGCCCAAUUCUUGACAGACAGGUUCACUUGUAUCCCCCAUAUCAAUUUCAUUUGGCCUAAUCUGACUGCCUUUUUGCCCGGGUUGUUAUUUGAGAGCUAGCUGCUGCUAUCUAGGCAGUUUGAAUGAUAUUUGUUUGCACAUACAUAGCUGCUCUUAAAUAAUUGAAAAAAUGUUAUUAAUUUCUCCUGUUUUUGUUUCUUAGCUCCAGGGAGACAACAAACACACACACACACACACACACACACACACACACACACACACACACACACACACACACACACACACACACACACACACACACACACACACACACACACACACACACACACACACACACACACACACACACACACACACACACACACACACACACACACACAGCUUUUCAGCUCAAGGGAGAUGUAUGAUGUAGGUACAGUACAUAUUGCCGGUUCUAAUAGAGUCUCUGUGGCCAUUUGAAGAAGUUCCUGGGCAAAGCUUUUUACGGUACGCUGAACCUGUUGGCUGCAAAACAACGGAGGAGGGGCUGUCGUGCCGAAAAGUGAGUCCCUGCCAGAACACGAGUGCCCUCAUUGAAACCAAUGACAUUUUUUGAGAGAAAAUUGUAAAAAAAUUUGCAGAAUGAAUUACAUAAUUUAUGAACUAAAAAUAUGCUCAUGAAACAUUACUCGUCCUCCACUUAAUAUGAGCUAUUUGAAUGAAACCGUAACAUUUGUUAUGACAAUUCUUCGAUUAUUUUAUGGAAAUACUACUGAAAUUGGUCAUUGGUUUCCAUUGGUUUCAAUGAAGGCACUUCAUGUUCAUGUUCGGGCAGGGACUCGCUUUUCGGCACGACAGGGCAAUGCUGCACUAAGCUAAGCUAUGCUUUACGCUGUUGGGUGAAUGAGUCGCCAUGUGAUGCGGCCUGCUCAGUUCGCUUCUGUACGUCACUGCCACAUGUACAUAUGGUUUUGUAUUUAUUUCCUGUGUCUCUAAAUGGGUAACAGGAAGCCCUCAGUGCUUUUAAUAAA